AAACAUACAAAACAAUGUAAUCAUUCAUGGUCCAUAUUUAGGAAUUAGGAUCAAGGGUUUAUAAUCCCAGGUCCGACCGACCGAAUCGUAUAAUCUGGUCCUAUCAAACCAAAAUUAAAACAUUUAAACCGGAUUUUUGGUUGAACCGGCCGGUUCAUGGGUUAAGCGAAACCUCUAGGGUUUUAAUAUUUCCAGAGUUGGUUGAGAGCUUCUUCUUACUUUUACUUUUCCUCUGCUCGUAGACAGCUUUGUGCUUGAGACGAUUCCCAGUUUCUGCGAUUCCAAGUCGAAGAUAUAACCUCUCCUAUUUGCGUCUCAGCUUCUACAGAGCUUUUAGGUAAGCUCCUCUGCUUGUAUGAUUCCUUUUAAUUUUCAAAAUUCACUGCUUUCUCUUGCGUAUCUGCUCAAAGUCUCUCCCUUUUUCAUUUAAUCGUUUCUCUUCCUGAAACAUUCGAACUCAUAAACUAGUUUGAUUCAAAAGUUUUCUUGCUUUAAACUUGUGUUAGCUCUAGAAUGUUGUUCUUUGUAAUCUGUUUGUGACAUUGUGGUGGAGAUGAUGAAUGUUAAAGUAAAAGGUCUGAGCAGGUUAUGAGUAAAGUGUGUGGCUUUUGAUGUUUAAUUUAGUUACGAGGAGUCAAUCUUUGAACUUUAUAGGAGAGGGCCCUUGUCCAUGUCUUGAGCCAUGGCAUCUGUGGCUCCGCAACCUCUCCAACAAUGAACCUGAUUUGUGUGUGCAAUCUGAUGGGUCGAUUUUUAAAGGCUUGGGGUUGCUUUCUAUCAUUGAUUGUCAAUCUAGAAUUCUCCCUAUAUACAUUUGUCUCCUUGUGCUUCCUUAUCACCAAUUAGCUACCCUCGUGAUUCUGCACUGAUCAAAGACCCUUUGACUGAUCCACGUGAGCUGUUUUUAUGAGAUUAUCUAUAGCAUUAAAAGUUGUUAAAAUGGCUGGGGGGUCAAAGAGGUCUAAAAGAGCAAGACUUGACAGUGAAUCGGAAGACAUAAGCGACCAAGAAAACCUUAAGGCCGAAAGCGACAAUGAAGAUGAUCAAUUACCUGAUGGGAUAGAGGAUGAUGAAGUAGAUAGCAUGGAAGAUGAUGAGGGAGAGAGUGAGGAAGACGAUGAAGGAGAUACCGAGGAAGAUGAUGAAGGAGAUAGCGAGGAAGAUGAUGAAGGAGAGAACAAGGAAGACGAGGAUGGAGAAAGCGAGGACUUUGAAGAUGGAAAUGAUAAAGAGAGUGAGAGUGGCGAUGAAGGUAAUGAUGACAAUAAAGAUGCUCAGAUGGAAGAGCUUGAGAAAGAGGUCAAGGAGCUUCGUUCACAAGAGCAGGAUAUAUUGAAGAACUUGAAGCGUGAUAAGGGUGAAGAUGCUGUUAAAGGUCAAGCGGUGAAGAAUCAGAAGGCUCUUUGGGAUAAGAUUCUGGAGUUCAGAUUCUUACUUCAGAAAGCAUUUGAUCGUUCAAACAGAUUACCACAGGAGCCUGUGAAAUCGUUAUUUUGUUCAGAAGAUGAGGAUGUCUCAACAGCAUAUACAGAUCUAGUUACUUCAUCUAAGAAGACAUUAGAUUCCCUCUUGGAGUUGCAAGAGGCUUUGUUUGAGAAGAACCCCUCGGUUGAUCAACAAGUGAAUGCAACAGCUAGUGAAGAAUCCAAUAAAUCAGAUGCAGAAGAUAGCGAUGAAUGGCAGCGAAUAUCUGACUUGCAGAAAAGAAUGUCUGUGUUCCGAAACAAGGCUGUGGACAAAUGGCAGAGAAAAACACAAGUCACAACUGGUGCAGCUGCUAUUAAAGGAAAGCUCCACGCCUUUAACCAGAACGUUAGUGAACAGGUUGCUUCCUACAUGAGGGAUCCAAGUAGAAUGAUUAAACAGAUGCAACAAUCAAGAUCUACUGUUGCUGUUUUUGGAACUGUCCCUCAGGAAGCCAUGGAACCAAAUCCAGAGGAAAAACAAGAAGAAGGAGACCCUGAACUUGUGGAAGAUGCUGAGUUCUAUAGGCAGUUACUAAAGGAGUUUCUCGAGACUAUCGAUCCAGCUUCCUCAGAGGCGGCUUUCUACGAGAUGAAGAAGUUCCAGACGAAGAAGAGGAAAGUUGUGGAUCGACGUGCCUCAAAGAGCAGAAAGAUCAGGUAUAAUGUUCAUGAGAAGAUUGUCAACUUUAUGGCUCCACGACCAGCGAAGAUUCCUCCAAACACGGCGGAUUUGCUUAAGAAUCUCUUCGGUCUCAAGACCAGAAACGUUCAGUCUGAAGCUUAAUAUCAAACAAACCACAAUUUUGAAACGCUGUAAUAGAUCGUCCCUUUUUCUGUGGUGUGUUGUAAUACUACUAUUGACACCGUUUCUAUCGAAAGCCAUAUGUGAAAGCAUCUAGUUAAUUUUUGUUAAAAUCCAAAUGAAAUUUUUGAUUAACAACGAAACGAGUAUUAAGUAACACAAGAGUUGGAUG